AUGGUUUUCGGUUUAGGUAAAAAGGACGACGACAACAACAACGACUCUUACGGUUCUUCUGGUAACAACCAAGAUUCUUACGGAUCAUCAGGUAACCAAGACUCCUACGGCUCUUCUGGCCGUGGUGGAAAGGACUCUGAUGAUUCUUAUGGAUCUUCUGGCCGUGGUGACAACUCCGAUUCCUACGGAUCCUCUGGCCGUGGCGGUAACUCAGACUCCUACGGAUCCUCUGGCCGUGACAACUCCGACUCUUACGGAUCUUCUGGUCGUGACAACUCCGACUCUUACGGAUCUUCUGGCCGUGGAGGAAACGACUCAUAUGGAUCAUCUGGUAACGACAACUCAGACUCCUACGGAUCCUCUGGCCGUGGUGGUAACUCAGACUCCUACGGAUCUUCUGGUCGUGACAACUCCGACUCGUAUGGAUCUUCUGGUCGUGACAACUCCGACUCGUAUGGAUCAUCUGGCCGUGACAACUCCGACUCCUACGGAUCAUCUGGCCGUGGUGGUAACAACAAUGACGACUAUUAG